AUGGAUCUGGAUCAACAACCCGACCAAAAACUGCACCGGCAGCGUUACGUACGUGCUGCGGCGCCGUCACUUCUUCACUUCUUCCUGGGCUUGUUGGACCGGCGGCGCGCCGUGCCGGAACCGGAGCUGGAGCUGGAGCCACCGAAGAUGGCGCAGAGGAUGCAGCCGGACACCCGCGGUGACGGCGGGUCGACGUCCGGGGCCACGUCCUUGGUCCGGAACACCUGCUGGUUGCUGCGCGAUUCCUCCUUGUGCCCCUGCUGCUUCUGCUUCUGCUUCUUCUCCUUCGCCUUCUUGUCGUCACCGUCGCCGUCACCAUCGCCUGCACCGCCGCGCCGCAGCAUGCCGAUGCUCCGGGAGUGCCGCAGCUCCGGCUGGGGCUCCUCCGCGGCGCCAUCGGCAGCAGCCUUUGCCUCCGCGUCGGCCUCGGUGAGGAAACGCUCGUCCCAGACCAGGCCAGAGGACCCGGACCUUCUGAAGGUCGUCGCCGACCUUUGCAACCCGGCCAUGGGCAACUAUCCACCUCCCUUCUCUGCAAGAGGAACCAGCUUAUCUGCAAGUGAGAGAUGGAGAACAAAGGGUAAGGAUGAACUGGAGGGUGUGCUUCUUCUGAGUUGCCCGCCUCUGCAAGUCCCUACUGUGUUAUAUAUGUAAACGGACAGAGACAGCCAUUAGUGUGCAGACAGCAGAGCAGUCAACAGCCGGUGCCAUGGAAAGGUGCCUGGGGUUGUUUUCCAGUAACUAACUGGGUUCUGCAGAGAUUAUUUUUAUCUGCAUGGAAGAACAGUAUACAAGAACACAUAAAGAUUAGAAUAUUAGACACACAUGAUUUUCUA